AUGUCUUCCGAAGAUCUGUUACAACCAGGACAUAUAGUUAAAGAAAGGUGGAAAGUUGCAAGAAAAAUCGGCGGUGGUGGAUUUGGAGAAAUAUAUGAAGGUCAAGAUCUUAUAACAAAAGAACUUAUAGCUUUGAAAGUAGAAUCAGCUCGUCAACCUAAACAAGUCUUAAAAAUGGAAGUCGCUGUGUUAAAAAAAUUACAAGGUAAAGAACACGUGUGUCGUUUUAUUGGCUGUGGAAGAAAUGAACGUUUCAAUUAUGUUGUAAUGCAGUUACAAGGAAAAAAUUUAGCUGAGCUGAGAAGAGCACAGCCGAGAGGUGCUUUUUCUUUAUCUACCACUUUAAGAUUAGGUGUACAAAUUUUAAAAGCCAUAGAAAGUAUCCAUGAAGUUGGAUUUUUACACAGAGACAUAAAACCUUCAAAUUUUGCUAUUGGAAGACUUUAUCAAAAUUCCCGUUGUGUUUUCAUGUUGGAUUAUGGUCUAGCUAGACAAUUCACGACUGCUAAUGGAGAAGUAAGAACUCCUAGAACUGCAGCUGGCUUCCGUGGUACUGUAAGAUAUGCUUCAUUGAAUGCCCACAAAAAUAAAGAAAUGGGAAGGCAUGACGACCUAUGGUCAUUGUUUUAUAUGUUGGCGGAGUUUGUUAAUGGUCAGUUACCUUGGCGAAAGAUUAAAGAUAAAGAGCAAGUCGGUGUUAUGAAAGAAAAUUAUGAUCAUCGCUCACUUCUUAAACAUCUUCCAUCAGAUCUGCGUCAGUUUCUUGAGCAUAUUCAGUCUCUUGAAUAUGCUGACAAACCCGAUUAUAAUAUGUUAACGGGUCUUUUUGAACGAUGCAUGAAAAGACGUGGUGUUAAAGAAUGUGAUCAUUUUGACUGGGAGAAAACUACUGAAACAGUUCAGCCGGCAGUUACUGUUAGUGUUAUUACAAAUAAUACCACACCAGUUAUUUCUAGGCCAAUAACUUGCACAUCCUAUGGUGCUGACAUCAACAAUCAACUAGUCACUUCUACUGUAGAUAAUGGACAAGAAGAAGAACCAGACAAUAAAAAAAAUACUCCAGAGGAGCAAAUACAAUGUGAUAAUAAUAUAAUUUACCGACGUGCCCAAAAACUUGAAUCUGAUGCAAAUAAUUCAGGUUCUAAUAAAAUUAUUUCUACUGAUAAAAAUUGUAAUGCUACAUCUAGCACACCAUUAGAUCAUUUACCAAUUCCAAAAAGUUCCCCUAAGAAAGUAGUUCAGCGAAGAGCUGUUUCUAUGCCUGGUUUGGAAAGAGAAACAGAAAUGUUAAAUGCUGCUAAGCGCAAUUCGUCCCAAACUAACUGUACUGUUGAUUCUGGUUUUCCACCAACGCCAUUAAAUAUUGAAGGUGUUCCUAAUUCAGAUCUGGGUAAUUUGAAUACUUCAGUUAUUGCAACUCAAGAAGCUAAUAAAGUUACAACAGCUAGUUCUCCUGUGGUUGAAGCAGAUAGUAUUGUAAAUCAAAUAAAAAAAGAACAACGCAGCUUACAUUUUGCUAGGCGACAAGCUACUCCUAAUAGGCAAAUCUUAAAAUCUUCUGCCACUACUGCCAGGGAUGUUACAUAUACUCAAUUUGCAGUAAUUGAUGAUGAUAAUUUGUCUGCAAUGCAACAAGUGACACGUGGUGGAGGAGGGCUAACUCUAAUGUCACAAUGGAAAUCACAGUUCGAUGACUCUGAAGAAACUGAUAAUGAGUGGAAGGCAGAAAAUCUUCAAAGCCCUGAACAUAGAUUAAGUUUGCAUGGUGUCUCUUUGAGUGGAAAAGAUAACAUUUAUCCUCAAUACCCAAACAAUUGUAAGACACCAGAUAAGACAUCUGGUAGAGAUCAGUUAGCACAAUGUUUUUCAAAAUGCACUGAUAACCUGAUACAUAAUUCCCUCUUAUCACGAGCUUGGAGUGAAAUACAAAUUGCUACAAAAAUACGAACAAACCUUGAACCACCCUGGUUACAAGAAGCCGUCUUUGAUGAUAUUGUGUAUGAACUUGAUACAAGUAGAAAUAUAGCUGUAAGGAAUACGGAAAAAAGUAUUACAAAGAAAUUACAAAGAUCUAUUAGUCUAGCUAACAUUAGUUUGAGCAUUAUUCCUAAAAAAGAAUUUCAAACUCAAUUCAUACAACAAACAAAAAUGAAAUUAAAAGUUCCUUCUCUACAAGUUACCACUAACACAACCAGAUCUUCCAAUGACGGUGAUGAAUUAUCGGGAAAAUUAUUUGCCGAUGAAUCACUAAAAAAUGGGAAUGAUGUAUCUGAAAAUUGUCCAAUGGAAACGGUAUCUGGAAAAUUGGAAAUAAGAGUAGUUGAUCGACAUCUAAAUGAUAAUGAUAAUUACUGUGACACAACCAGCUCAAAACCAAAUGUGUGUACCGAGAAAGAUGACGAAGCUCACCGAAAAUGGGCUAGAAACAGAAAUAGUAGUGAUAUUAUGAAUAUAAAUGGGAAACAUUUUGAUGAAAACGAAUUAUCUAAUAUUAGUAUAAAAUCAUUUUCCUCUUCCGAUCAAAAUAACAAAAUCUCAGAUCAUAGCAGAAGUAAAAAACCACCUCAACCUAUAAUUCUUAACAAAAACAGUAAAAUUCCAUUACCCGUCAACCAAAAAUUAUCAGAAUCAAAUGAAAUAAAUUCAGCGAUGUUCAGUGACGAAUCAAAAUCUAGUGCAACUAGUAAUAGUGGAAAACAAUUACCUGAAGCACUUUUAAAAUGUCGUGGCCAAAAUUUACUUACAGAAGUGCGUAGUAAACCACCAACUUCUGAAGAAAUUGAUGAUCAGUAUACUCCUGGUCUUAGAAGACGACGACAACUUCAAGAUAAAUAUGUAACUGACCCAUCCCAAUUAAAUUUACGAUUUCAAAGACCUCAAAUGCGAAGGUCGAGAGAAUCAUACUAUAGAUCUAGAUUUUCUGGUAGUCAAGAUGAUAAUACCGGAUUAUUUUCAAAUUAUAGACCUGUAUCUGGUUCAUCUAGUAGAAGUCUUGAACGUAAUUAUGAGUCUGAUAUUUUAUCAUCUCCUACCUUGAUACCACCACCGAGUAUGUAUUCGUCGGAUGUCCAAACUCUUGUGGAAAAUAAUGCUAGAUGUCGCCGGUACCAAAUUUUUAAACCUACUGAGCUUGCAAGAGAUUAA